AAAAUUUUUAAUGGAGAAUCGUUUAGCGAUAAAAAUUCAAAUGGAUGGUAUGCUUUGAAUUUUCUAAUGGCUAAUUCAUUCUUAUCGGCGGUAAGAGCCGAAUCCUUACCUCUCAGAGUAUACGAUCCAAAUUAUCAAACAUUGGCGGGAAUUGAUGCUGAUAUUUUUGGAGAAGAUAAAAAAAGAGAUUUCGGUGGAUUUGCAGCAAAAGGUGGACCAAUUCAACCUUACCGUGGAGCUGCAGGCAUUGCAGGCUAUUUAGCCAACAAUGGCCUUUACUCAUCAACAUCUUUUAUUUUAAGCAAAUUAAAGCCUUUUCCAGAUACAUAUGAUCCAAAUUAUCAGACGCUAGCUGGUUUACCUGAUGUUUUUGGUGCAGAUAAAAAACAAACAGACGGCUUUAUAGCCGGGAGAGGUGCAUUUGACGAUAAAGGGCCGACAGUACCUAUGCAAAGGGGUGCUCAAGCUGAUAUGUACGACCCAAAUUAUCAGGUAUCAGUUUUCAAAAACUGCUUCGAAUUUCCAACUUACAUGCUUUUUUGCAAAAAUUUUGGUUAUUUGCAUUGGAUUAUUUUUGUUGGCAUUCGUGAAGAUAUCUUUGGUACUGAUAAGAAAAGAUGGUGA